AGUACAUAAUCCUUUGAGCAGAAAUGUGAGAACAUUAUGGAUUCUAGUAAGCAAAACCGUAAGAAUAUUCUAGUUAAAAUAGCAUUAAACGGAGAACAUUAACAAUAAACUUGAUGAGUAAGCGUUUCUAAAAUUCGAAUCAAACACGAAGACAGAGAAAAAAACAGCUUCGAAGAGAAAGGACAUUCCAGUCAAAGUGAACUUUGCCCUUCCAACAUGGAAAUCUGCUUUCAUUGUUAUUACCUGAGAGGUAGCAGGAAGUGGAACUUGCUCAGAUCACUUUUUGGGACUUUUUCAACGUGUCUGGUAGAUGAAAGGCAGGUGGUGCGCGUAGCAGAUGUUUAGAAUGUAAACACGCGAAAAGUGGGAACUUUGAAUUGAUUGGAAAACGUCUCUUUAAAAGUGCUAAUUUGCAAAAAAAUGGAUUGUGCAUUACUCUAGUUUUCCUCAAGGAUUUAUUUGCGUAAUCACUAGGAUAACGAUUUCAUAAUUUUGAAGAAAUCAUUGAAAAACAAACCCAGAAACACGUGUUAUUGAAAGUUUAGAUCUCGUUGACUGAACAAGCUUGACUAAUAACAUCGAAUUCAUUUGGGCUGGAAAGAUUAAGAAUGCAUUCUGAGAUUUUACGAUGAAGAUUGUUUUAAAUAUGAUAAGUAUAAUUUAAAUUUAACUAGUGAAAACCUGAAAAAAAAGUUUCUGCGUUUUUUUAAUUUUAAUACUUGAAAUUAUUUUGAUCUUAAAAUAACUUUUGGUUUUGUCUUCUGAACUGUUUGGACUUUAAGAUUUUGAAAUUAAAGCUUUAGCGAUGUUUGUUUCUCAACAAUGCCUUUUUAUAAAUGUAUAAUAAAUAAUGGCUCUAAACAAGAAGAUGAGAAAUCUGAAUUACGCUCAAAAACAGAAAAUCUAGACGUUUAUUUGUCUGCUAAUAAGCGAAUGGUUAAUGCCAUUCGCCAUAUACUACAACUUGCUAGAGUAGCGGACAAUAUUUUUAGUGGAAUCAAUGUAGAAUGCAGACAUUUGAUCAAGAGGACUACUCAUUUGACAACUAAAAUACAAAACUGCCAAAACAUUAUUGACAAACUGGAUGCCAAAACAGUUAAAAUUCCUUCCUCCUCUUUAAGUGAAAAUCAUGAAGUAAGAAAUCUUUACAAAAGUUGCGAUGAAAAAGAUUUUGGUCGUUCUCCUAUUUUUCGCACUUUACCACGUCCCUCGGAAGUUGAACAUCUUCGUCAUCUAGCGAACGGACCUUCGCCCUCAGCACAUAUCCCUUGUAGCAAUGUAGUCCUUGAAACAGAUGGUGACCCUACUUGCACUAGUUCAGAGACUACGCACAUCUAUUACAAGCCUUUACAGAUGCCAUCAAGUGUAGUACCUAUUGAUGUUAGUGGACAAUCCUUCAGCAGAAUGGCUAGUUUCAGAAGAUCCCUCAUUCAUGUGGAUUUCUUUAUAAGGCGGAAAAGAAAAGACAAACGAAGAAAUACCGUUGCUGAAGGAGACACAAAAGAACUGAAAAAUGCACUUCAAAAUAUCAUCAAUGAAGAACAUAACAUUGUACCAAAUGAUACUUUUUCAAAAAAGUUGACUUCUAAUAGCAUUUUUAAACCAGCAGUGAGAAAUGACAUCAAAAAAGUUACCAUUCAAGAAACAAAUAAUAAUUUUCCUAAAGAUAUUACAUUUAGUAAAGAUAAUACUGAGAAAAGAAACUGUUGUCCAGAACAAGACAAAGUCUUAAAAAAUGGCAGUAUGAAAUAUGAAAUAAAAAAUAACCAUCAUUCUGAUAGUGUGAUUAAUAAAAGAAAACCAAAAAGUAAUCUACCAAUCUCAACCAUAUCUGCCGCAAUGAAUGUUGCGGUUGAGAUGAGGCAGCUGAGUGGAAUAGAGGAUUCCAGUAGUAAUCAGAGUUAUAGCAGUGAUCAAAACUCUUCAGAUUGUGAUAAGGAAAAGGAACAUUCUACUAUCACUGGAGAAGAUUCUGGAUUUUCUGAUAAUUUUAAAAACAGGUCAAAAAAUAAUUGCAAAGUUUCAAAUCCGAAGGUUACAAUCGGAAACAAAGAUACAGAAGGUUUUAGCUCCGCCUCUUCCAAUGCUACUUCCUUGGAGUCAGAUGAUUUUCUAAUGAGCAGCGAUGAAGAUUCUUCAGAACUGAUGGUUCAGAAAUAUGGCUCAUCAACAUCACUAAGUACUCUAAGUGAUGGCAGCUUAAACAGUCUUUUAUCACAGACUGGCACUGAAAUGCAUUCCAGCACAGGGACAUUAACUAGUAUUGGGCAGGAAAGGUUUCCUACACCACCUCCACCUCCUUUUGUUAUUGUAGUUCCUAAGAAAGAAUUAAUUAGCAAUACAACUCCAAUUUUUUCAACAACUAAUGUAAAUUCAAAGAAUCUGUCUUCAAAACCAUCACCAAACCAUGAAACGUCUUCCAGAAUAAGCAAGAAGGUAAUUUCCCCCAAAAAAUCAUCAAAAUCUGAUAAACUUCAACAAAGAAAAAGCUCAAUAGAAAGCAACAAAAGCAUUUUUACAUCUUUGGUUAACAAGAAAUCUCAAACUAAAGGCAUGAGUUUACAUUCUAAAUCGACGAUGACUCCGCCUUGUUUUGAUAUGUAUGGAAGUAAUUCUCCUCAAAAGAUAUCUUGGUCUUCAAAGUUUGUGAAAGAAAACUUACAACCAUUGGCAGGGACAGAGCCAAAAUCUUACCUUCAAUCAUUUUUACCCAGCAAUAAUCCAAAACCUGGCACCCACAUAGGUAAUAAAAAUAAGGUAAUAGACAAUGUUCAUAGAGAAAUAACUGAAAUUUCUACAGCUAACAUUUCCAACACCAAUUUGGACAAUUUUUCUCAAAAAAAUGAUACAGAAAUACCACUGAAAUAUGCUCAUCAUGUUGUUGUAACUCCUAUAUCCAGGCAAGAUGAAGAUAAUAAAAAUCUCAGUAAAAAAUCUCUAUUAGCAAAUUAUGAUAAAGGACCUGAGCAAGAAAAUGAAACUAUAUUAAAAUCGCACUAUUUUAGUCAACCUAGGAGUAGAAAUAUAGAAAAUGUUACUCACAGUUCCCAAAAACUUCAACGACCAAAAACAUUACAAACUGGGCAAAAAACAGCAGCUCGAGUUGUUCUUGAUCCAGAGGGAAAAGUUAUUUAUAGUACAAAUUCUCUUGAUCGCCGUUUUUCUUACAAAUAUCCUAAUGAACAUCCUACAAGAAAUAGGAAUGAAAAAUGUAUACCUUCCCAAUCCUCUAUUAAUAUGUCUAAAAAUACUAAAUGUAACUUUAAACCUCACACGUGUUAUCCACCAAAAAACUCCUUCAUCCAAAAAAUGACAAAUGAUAAUCUUUCUUAUUGUGAUAAAAAUAUUAGUAAAGUAAACAACAUCAGUACUUUCUCUAAUAUUCAUCUAAGUAAUGAUAAUUCAGGAUUGCCUGGAAUUCCAUUACAAAUUUCAAGUGCAGGUCAGCAGAUUUAUUUCCAUAGUGAAACAGAAAGUCCUAUUUUUACAAAUGAGUCAAAAAUUAAAAGCUUCAAUUCUUCUGAAUCGAGCACUCUCUCAAAAACAACACCCCCAUCUUAUGAAGAAGCUGUUGGUAGACAUUGUCCACAUAUUGUAAUCGCUGAUCCGAAUAUAUCGGGGCUACCGAAAAUCAAAACUAUGCUAACAGAAGAAAACAUAAACUUGCAUUUAGAAAAUAUAGAGAGAUUAAAUAAAAUGCAUUUAGAAUCUAUUGCAGACUCAUAUAAAUCUUUGAUAUCCCCUCAAACAAACUCAUCCAAUCCUUUGGACAAUAACCUAAGCAAGCUUCAAAAAAGUACCAUGUCUACUGAAGAUUUAUUUGCCGUGAUACACGAUUGUAAAAAACGAAUGAACAUAAAAACAGACUCUGACAUUUCUUUAGGUUCUUCUUCUCGUUCAACCUCACCAUCCAUCUUUAAACCGAAUCAAACGAAAGGUAUUCUUGCAGAAACUGGAUAUCUGUCCCCGAGGAACUCAUCCAAUUUCAAUGACUGUAGGAACCGGCGAAGUUGGGCUGACUUUAGACCAUCAAGUAGUUCCCCUAAUGAAAGAAAAUCUCUAGCAAGUGAUAGACUUGGACGUACAAAACCAACCAGCAUGCAUGACUUUAAGAUGUUGCUUUUAGAAGCUAGAAGCAGUACACAGACUUCUGGCCCACGAAAAUCUGCAGUUGAAAUGCUGAAAGUUUUUCCAUUUCCAAAAUCGCCAGAUAGUGAAGUUUCACCUUUAUCCAGUUCUCCUCAUUAUACACAGUCAUUUUCUGUUCAAAGUUCACCAACAUCACCCUCAUAUAUUCAUAAUGGACAUUCAACUGUGCCUUUGAAAAGACACAAUAAUCGGGCAUGUAGCUCAUUACAAUCACGCUACACAUUGUACCCACCAAUAUUUGAAGACUGUUCUGAAGAAGCAGAAAUCAAAAGUGAAAAUGCAACAAAAUCACUUAAUUAAAAAACUGUAUAAAAAUAUUUGUUGAAACCUCAAGUUUUGGUGAUAUUUGUUGAAAAAGAGGUGAUAUUUGUUGAGCUACUGCUGUACAUAAAAAUUCAUCUGACUUUUGUUAAUCCUUGAAAAUUAUUUCUUUUUUUUUAUAUUAAAAAAAAAACAUCUAUGAUAGGUGAUAUGUAUCAAACUCUGCUUAGUGAGAAAUAGUUUUAUCUAGAUAUGAGAUGAAUAAAAUUUUUACAAGUGA